AUGGAUCCAGUCGCGAACCCAACAGUUCAGAUGCAGAACAUGCCGAGCGAUGGAAGACCGUAUACAGAGCCCGAGGAGAUUUGGGAUCCACUGCGACGAACAGUGUCGAAAUUGACGGGUCGAUCGAGGAUGGAGACGGAAGCUGAAAAGAAAUCUUCCCAUCAGGAAGCAGAGAUUCGAUCCCAUGCACCCACACGAUCGCAUCGAACUCGGCCUAUAGAUGAACUGGAUGAAGAGUCUGGAAUACCGGUUGUCGAUGCUGAAGACGACUUCCCCGAGGGCGGGCUGCGCGCAUGGCUCGUUGUCGUUUCAGCAUGGCUGGCUCUAUUUCCCUCCUUUGGCUUCAUGGUUUCGAUAGGUACGCUGCAAGACUAUUGGGGCCAGCAUCAGCUAUCACAUAUGUCGGCGCGAGAUAUAGGCUGGAUUCCAUCCGUGUUUGUCUAUCUGACGCUUGGACUGGGCAUCUGGGUAGGACCGCUAUUCGAUCGAUAUGGACCCCGAUGGAUCGCACUGACGGGAAGCAUGACAUUCCUGAUCAUGAUCUUUCUGUUGGCCGAGUGCGAUAAGUUCUGGCAGAUGAUGCUUUGCUGUGGCGUCCUGGGUGGCUUCUCUGGCGCAGCACUGACUACUACGAGCUUAGCAGUAGUCGCGCAUUGGUUCAAAGAGCGACGGGCUCUCACACAAGGUAUCGCCAUGAUGGGUAGCUCUGGGGGCGGUUUGAUCAUUCCCCUGGUGCUGCGGACAACUCUCCCAAGAUACGGAUACGCCUGGUCGCUGCGCAUUAUUGGUUUCAUGUUCCUGGUUUGUCUCAUCAUCGCCAAUAUUUUGAUGAAAGCUCGCAUUCCACCCUCAGCGGAUGCGAAGAAGAAAGCCAUCAUCUCACUUUCAAUCUAUGGUGACCUCAGACUCAGCCUGUUCACGCUCAGUGUCUUCGGCUUCGAAGUUGUUCUCUUUGGAGGCUUGGGCAUCAUGCCGACAUACGCCACGCUCAGCACAAACUUCGCGCCUGAUACCGGAUUCUAUCUGAUUGCAGUACUCAACGGAGUCUCGUGUCUUGGGCGUUUGCUUCCCGGAUACGUCGCUGACAAGAUUGGCCGCUUCAACACGCUCUUCGUCAUGAUCCUGUUCACGCUGCUGUGGAUGCUGGUGCUCUGGUUGCCUCUUGGUACUACGUCGCUCGCAGCACUGUAUGCUUUUGCAGCCCUCUUCGGAUUUGGUACAGGCUCUUGGAUGGCCCUUACACCUGCAUGUGUCGGACAGUUAUGCAGGGCAGAAGAGUUUGGCCGUUACUAUGGAAGUAUGUAUUUCAUUGCUUCUUUGGCAACCCUCGUCUGUAUUCCGAUUAGUGGUGAGCUUGUGCAGUCGGUUGGACCUCAGCCAAUGGUGGCCUUCUUUUGCGCUGUUCUUGGGUUGAGUUUGGUGAGCUUUCUGUUUAGCCGAUGGGCCUGUAUAGGAAGGCGAUGGGCGGUGAAAGUGAAGGUGUAG